AUGCUUGGCCAAGAUUUAAUUUCCAUACACUUUGAUGGAUUUACUGAACUGUCCAAAGACGAGGAUUAUGUGACUUCUGAAAAUGAUGAAAGUGACCUUGAAGAGGAAUAUUAUGCUCAUAUAAUUGAACUCGACAUUAUAACGGAGAAAUGCACACCUUCAUCCUCCAAUUAUAGAGCCGUUCAUUUUCAUAUUCAAAGGCCUAAUGGAUGUGAAUUGCCAACCGUCGAAACUAUCAACUUGCGAAAGGUAAAAGAGACGAACAGGAUCAAAGACAGACGGUAUUGGUUCCGGAAGAGGACGUGUAAACUAGAUCGUUGUUUGGUAGAUGUACUUAAUAAUCUCUUUCUUGACUAUAACGUAUGUGAAUUUGAAUUGGCUAAAAAACUUAAAGUAUUUGGGUUACAAACGGAAGGCUACGAUUGUAUCAUCUCUGAACUAUAUAUAGUUGGUCAUGGGCUUUAUUGUAUAAGAACAAUGUCUCAGUUUACUUUACCGAGAAGAGUAUCUGAUUUAUGCUAUUUGUACGAACUAUUUAGAGCCAUGUUUGUUCUUAGAGAGGAAUUGGUCAAGUCAUUGAGAGUUAUUUAA